AUGGAUUUACCGCCAUCAUAUACCUGUGGUACGCUACGGAUGUCUGACAUCAGUACAAUUCUUAGCGUUGAUGAGCUGGCAAAAAAUGCAGAUUCAACGCCAACAAAUUGGCAAAAAUCUGUUUUUAUGGCACCCAGAGUUCGAAUACAACCUGGACCAAAAUGCUGCUGGUUCAGUCUUACAAAAGUGACAAUAAGUUGUGCAGCAACUGCCGGAAUAAUGGCUUUAUUAUUUGCUGGUUUUUUAACAUUUCGAAUAAUAUCUGCAUUGGUUACCUCUGGUGAUCUAUCUCCACACCUAAAAUUUUCUGGUGUAUUGGUAAUUACCGCAUUGAUCUAUUCAACGUUUGCUGCAAUUCUUAUAUAUGGCGUUAUUCGACGUCGGCAUCAAUAUAUGUUGCCGAUGAUAAUCAUGACGAUAUGUUUGACCAUUGCUUCAAUUGGAACUGUUGUAGCCAUAACGAUCAGUAUGUUUGAAAAUAUUCAGGAAGAAGUGCAAGAGCAUAAAACAGAGAAACAGUCUUCUGUGAUGCGAAUCGUUAUGUUCAGGUUAGUCCUAAUUGUUACGAUAGUAACAAAAAUUAUAUUCGCAAUAUGCUAUAUUCGAUGUUAUCGUCACAUCAAGAAAGCUGCCAAAAUGCAAACACCAAUUUUUGGUGCACCAUUGAUAAUGACUUAA